UACAAUUAUACAUAUAGUAAAUCGCAUUUGAAUGAAUCGGGAUAGUUGCAAAGCAAUAAGAAUUCUAUCGAUAAAUUAAACAAAAGCGUAAUCGUUACUUGUUGGUAUCUAGUUCUGACACAGCUGAUUAAAAUAAAUUGCGCAGAGUGGUGGUGAAAACUUUAAUCGUCGUAACAAAAUUUAAGUUAAAUUAUUAAAAACAAAAAAAAACAUAAAAUAAAACAAAAAGUAAGCAGCGAACAAUAUGAAUAAGCACUUUCUAAAAAAAUUCGGAGCGCAAAACCGCAGCACCUCGAUGGCGGCCAUCCCAGCAAAAAAGGCAAAAUAUGCGAACAAGACUAUUAACCCGGGGACAAGCGGUAUAAGUCACGUCAAUGAAUGUACAAUAGAAUCACGUAGAAUCAGCAUUUCGACGUCGACCAUUGGAUAUAACCCCGAACUCACCGAAGGCGUUUUGGAAGUUGUGUGUUGCAGCCACUGCAAUUUGUUUGAGAAGCAACUUGAAACAAUUGAUGAGAAGCUGGAUCAGCUCCUUUUGACUGUCGAAAGGCAAAACACCGCGAUUAUGGAUGCGAUUGCAAGCCAGAAAGUGGUUACACAGCAAUUGGUUCGCCAAGAGACGCAAAAUGUACCUGUGGCAAAAUACUUCCCUGUCUGCGAUAUAGCGGAAAUGGAGGAGCUUGAGGCAAAAAUUUCUUCUGCCAACAAGGAUGUAUAUGAAUCUGUAAUAGCAUCAAUUUUAUGUAAUAACAUGAAAAAUAUUUCACUCGUCUUAAAAACGGACGUCAUUGUAGCCUUAAACCUUGAUGGUUCACAUGGAAAAAUUGGGCUAAAAAAAUUUCCAAACUUUUAUACCGUGUUGACAGGAGCCGUUGCCAAGUUACCAUUCAAGGGAUCGACGCCGGAAGAGAUGCUUAGAAAAGCCAUCCAUUUUGAAAAGGCUAAAUAUUUUAAAAAACUUUACCGCGAAAAGCAAAAGAACAAGGAGAAUUAAGUUCUUAAAUUAUUCUUAAGUGUCAAAAGAACUGAGGAAAUCUGAAGUUUUUAAGUUUUUCACUAACCCCCCUAUCAUGAAUUUUCACACGAUAGACGAUAAACGCUUGCAAGCGUAUCGUACGAAAUCAGUUCUCGUAUAAUCGUAUAAUCGUUUUCAUAUGACCGACAGACCGACUCUUUAUUGUGAACCAGCACAAAUCAGCUACGCUAAUUAUAGGAUUUCAUACGACAACAUCGAUUCGUAAUAGAGAAUAACAGAAUGCAAGCGUCUAUCGUGCAGCGUACGAAUUCAUAAUAGGGAGGUUAGCGUUUGAUAAUAUUAAUAUCAUUGUUUUUGUACAAAGUUUGGAACUGUGAUUUAUGUUUUUUUCGUAGUAAUUGCAACUUACUAUUUAUUUUAUUAAUUUUUUUUUGUUCCAUUUUUACGGAACUCACUGUGCCUAAGACUGUGUCUAAGACUUAACCAUGAUAAAAACAUUAGAAGGUAAAACCGUUCUCUUAAUUCGUCGGCCAUGAUUUUUUUCUGACGUUUGCCAACAUUUUAAAAUC